AGAUCUGGUUCAAACAGAAACCCUUCACUUCUGACACACCGAUCCACCAGAAACCUGUGAAUCUCAGCAGAAGGUGUGAACCUCUGGCAGAAUGGUUAUGGGCCUGCAGGUUGUGGGUCUGGUUCUGGGCAUAGUGUCCUGGUGUCUGCAGUCCAGCUGUACCUCCUCUCAAACCUGGAAGGUGAAGAGUCAGGCCGAGUCGGUCACCACCAGUUCCUGGCAGUUUGAGGGUCUGUGGAUGAGCUGUGCUGCCACCUCCAUGGGGUCGGUUCAGUGCAGCAAGUUCAAGACGGUGCUGGGACUUCCAGCUCACCUGCAGUUCUGCAGAGCUCUCAUGAUCCUGUCUUUGCUGCUCGGUCUCGCCUCCAUCGUGGUCUCGGUGCUCGGACUCAAGUGCACAAAGCUCGGCAAGACGUCGGAGCAGGUCAAGGGUCAGAUGGCUCUGAGCGGAGGAGUCAUGUUCAUCCUGUCCGGUGUCUUCACUCUGACUGCUGUCUCGUGGUAUGCCGCCAGGGUCAUCCAGGACUUCUAUGACCCGCUCUACGUUGGAGUCCGGUUUGAGCUGGGUUCUGGUCUGUACCUGGGCUGGGCAGCCUCCGGUCUGGCUGUAUUGGGUGGAUCUCUGCUGUGCUGCUCCUGCAGGAGAAGCCCCUCUGCGCCCCCUGCUCGGUAA